GAAGCAAGCGAGAAGGAAAAAAACAAUCAUUGGAAGAAGCAAAAAAAAAAAAAAAAGAUAGAAAUGGAGAAGAAGCUACCGAGAAGAUUGGAAGGUAAAGUCGCGAUUGUGACUGCUUCGACGCAAGGAAUUGGCUUCGGAAUCAUUGAACGUUUCGGUCUCGAAGGCGCUUCCGUCGUCGUCUCUUCCCGCAAACAGGCAAAUGUUGAUGAGGCAGUAGCAAAACUCAAAUCCAAAGGGAUUGAUGCAUAUGGAAUCGUCUGUCAUGUUUCCAAUGCUCAACAUCGCCGCAAUCUUGUCGAAAAGACGGUUCAGAAAUAUGGGAAGAUAGAUAUCGUUGUCUGUAACGCCGCUGCCAAUCCAUCUACAGACCCAAUCUUGUCUAGCAAAGAAGCUGUUCUUGACAAGCUAUGGGAAAUCAAUGUCAAAUCCUCUAUUCUUCUCCUUCAGGAUAUGGCUCCUCACCUAGAGAAGGGUUCUUCUGUUAUCUUCAUUACUUCUAUUGCUGGAUUUCAACCACAAGGAGCCAUGGCUAUGUAUGGGGUCACUAAGACUGCUCUUCUCGGACUAACCAAGGCACUUGCUGCUGAGAUGGCUCCCGAUACACGUGUGAACGCAGUUGCACCCGGUUUUGUGCCCACACACUUUGCUUCUUUCAUCACUGGAAGCUCCGAAGUGAGAGAAGGCAUCGAAGAGAAGACUCUGCUUAACAGGUUGGGAACAACGGGAGACAUGGCUGCUGCGGCUGCUUUCUUAGCAUCAGAUGAUUCUUCUUACAUCACGGGAGAAACUUUGGUCGUCGCUGGAGGAAUGCCCUCAAGACUCUAAACCAAUUUCCCAUCGAUAUAUAGUAGCGUAAAAAAUGCAAUCAGGGUAACAAGUAGAGAUCGUUUUAUAAGUUUUCAACAAAAAUAAGAUUUUAAGAGAAGAAAGAAGUUCCAAUAAUAUCAUGAGUCCAUUGGAUACCUUUAUUGGUCUUGUAAAAGAUAUUUUCUUCACUCGAAAGACUCGUUUGGUUUUUUUUUUCAAAGUUAGAGCAAUAAAGUUCGGGUUUCGUAUGAA